GUCCCUCCAGUACUGCUCCCUCUCCGGCUCACUCCCUCCCUCCCUCACCCUCCUCCCGCUCCUCUCCUCCCUCCACCUCUCCCACAACCUCCUCUCGGGCCCUCUCCCUCCCCUCCUCUCCUCGCUCUCCACCUCACCACCCUCCACCUCGCACACAACCUCUUUUCGGGUGUAAUCCCUGACCCAAUCUGUGAUAUGCCCAUAGUUGCUGACCUGGAUCUGUCGGCCAAUCAGCUGCAAGGAACCAUCCCUCCCUGCCUCGUCGAGAUGCCCACGCUCCGGAUUCUGUCAGUUGCAUUUAACAACCUGUCAGGGCCAGUUCCUGAAUUACCCGACGGCAGCGAGCUACAAUUCAUCUACGACCACAAUUGUCUCGACGAUGCGCCAGACCAGGCAUGCGCUGCAGGCCUCCAUGCCACCCCCUAUGUGCCUGCUACCUCUGCUCCCAGCAACAGUAGCAACAGCGACACCAACAGCAGCACCUCGUCCAUCCCAACUCUAGCAUACGUCCUGCUAGCGCUGCUCAUCAUCACCGUGGUCUUUGUUGUCCUCUUUGGCCUCUUCGGUACGGUACAUCGCAUCAAAGUGAAGGCCAGCAAGAAGAGGCAGAUGACCCACCUGCCCGAGUUCUCAGUGUCACGCCUCCGCGCCACGACCAGAGGUUUUUCUACAGAGCACGGAAGAGGCAGCUUUGGGACUGCUUAUAUCGCGUACGACCUCUUUCCAGAGGCCAGCGGAGGAGCGGAGGGAGGAAGGGGGCGUGGCGGUGCAUCGCAUGGGCAUGGGCAUGGUUACAUGCAGGCGAAUUCCCAUGCCAUGCCACCUGCUAUUCCCAAUCCGGAGAGGCAUGGGCUCCUGAAGCGAGCUCGCGACCCUGACAGCUUCUCGGAAUCUGCCUUCUGCCAGAAGGUAGCGCUGCUAGCAGCAGCAAGCAACAGCCACCCGUGCAUGGUGCACGUGAGGGGGUUCUGUGCGAAUGGCGGGGAGAGGAUGGUGGUUCUUGAGCUGGUUACAGGGGGCACGCUGCGGCAACGCAUGAUCCGAGGUGACCUGGACGCGCUGACGUGGCAGGAGAGGGUGCAAGUGGCAGUGGACGUGGCGGCUGCGUUGUAUCACCUUCACUACAAUCACACGUCGCCCUUCGUGCACCGCGCUGUGACGUCCUCCAAUGUGCUUCUAACGGAAGACAUGACAGCCAAGGUAAUGUAUUUCUUACUGUCGGACCUAGGUUUGGCCCGAGGCAGCUCCGAUGCUUCGGGGUUUCGUCCGUUGCAGUCGUCCCUUGGAGUGGCGACGACUGCGGACGUCCUGGCUUAUGGCGUGCUGCUACUGGAGCUCAUAACGGGGCAGACUGCAGAUGGAACAACACAAAUCGUUGCGACAGACGACGCUGCCGCCCGGCCCACGAUGCACGAGAUACGGCAGGCGUAUGAGCAGCACCUUCAGGUGGAUCCUCAGGUGUUUGAGCCCCUGGACGUGGAACCUCAGGUGCUAGACUCCCUGGAACCAGACCUGGGGGAUGUGCCACUGGGCCAUGUUGGGACCAUGGAGGGUCAUGCAGAUGCUGCCGCUGGUGAUGGUGCUUUUGGUGCUGCUUCGGACAUUGUCGCUGCUUCUACUUCUCCUGCUCCUUCUCCCCCUGCUGCUUCUGAGGCAUCUCAAUAUUCCACUAGCAACUGGGCAUCGAAAAUUGUCGCCUCCAUGAGUGCUGCUGCUGCUGCUCCUGCUGGGGGUGCUUAUAUCGAAGGGCAUGCUGGGCAGGGGGAUGCAGACAGCAGCGUUCUUCUAGAGAGCGGAUUUUCUGCCCCACCUCCUAAGGGGGGAGGCAAGACCAAGGGAAAGCAACGACAAGGGGCAAGAGGGAAAGGAGGUGGGAGAGGAAUGGGCGGGGAGGCAGGGGGGGGUGUAGGGUCUACUGUAGCAGGGGUAGCAGGAGUGGGAGGAGCAGCGGCGGGGGCAUGGGCGGCGGUGGGGGGUGUGGUAGAGAGUGUGUCGAGAGGAGUGUGUGUGGGGGUGCCUGGGAGUGUGAGUGAGGUGAGGGAUGCCGAGGCUGCUUCACUGCUUAUAUCGAGACCAACAAUGGAAAAUGGUGGCGGAUAUUGA